CCCCCCUCUGCCCAACGUCCGGCCCCUUUGCUUCGGUUCCACAACACGCGUGUGUGUCUCGCUGUCUGAAGACUUCGGUGCCAUGAGCGCUGAUAACUGUCGUGGAAAUGUGUCCGUGCCUUUGCGAAAUCUACUGAACUCCAUCCAGUGUAUCCGAGACCGGGUCAGAGAUGGAGAGGCCAAUGAGUCAGAUGGAGCGUUCAACCUCUCCAACUUCUGGGACACUCUGAACCAGGCAGUGAAGGCAGUGUCCCAGGAAGCCACCAAACUCAGCCUGGCCUUCUCCAAGCCCCCGCUGCCGUCGCAACAGGAUGGAGAGAAGUUGGCAGAGUCCAUCCUGAAGAGUGUCCUAACCCUGUCUACAGUGUAUUACUGGCUACCGAAGAGCCAAGGAGUCAGCAUGCGGCGACAGGUCAGAGACGCCACAGUCGAGGUUCUGGAGGGAGUUGCACAGCUGGUGGAGGUCAUACUGAGCUCACCGCUACAGAGUCUGACCCAGGAGCAGUUGACAUCAACAGGAGGCGUUUGGUCAGCCUGCGACCAGUUCGUCGAGUUGCCACGCGAUAACAAAGCAGCAGUGCUGGUGGUUCUGUCUGCUCAGAUUGGAGUUGUGAAAGACGCCAUAGAGGAAAUUGAACAGGCCUUAUCUGAGGCCCAGGAUCCGUUCAGCGACGUCCUCGACGAUGACCAGGAAGGGGGCGAGCCUCGAGGCAACCAGGACACGUACUGGUCGGACCAGGACCGGCGCGUGAUCGGUCCGUGCCAGGGGCUGAUGAAGGCGUCGGCGGCGUGCAUGAGGAAGAUGAUGUCGGCCGUCAAGGCCAACGGUGGCGUCACCACGCCUCAGAAUGUGUCCCAACUCGAUGACCUGGCUGACAUUGCCAAGGAAAUCAGCCCCGGUGUUGAUGAUCUGGCUCUUUGUCUGUACCCGCCCAUGGACUACGGUGGAGUAGAGGACAACGUGUCGAAAUUGGCGGCGCUGUUAAAGAAAGUUCUGGAGAUAAUAAGGUCCAGUCAUGUGUGCGGGGAGUCGGAGCUGACCUGGGUCCAGUUCUUGGAUGGAGCCGUCGAUCACAACCUGCAGAAGGCCAAAGACCUUAUUCAGCAGGACAGCUAGUGUUCCCAUGCAGUUAAAAGUGUGUCUGUUGUGUGGUUUUAUGUGCCAGCGUGUAGAAUGAUUGGCUGCAGUGGUGUGUGUGUGUGUGUGUGUGUGUGUGUGUGUGUGCGCGUGUGUAAACCAUCUAACCCAUAAGUAGCACGUCAAUGAUUUUUCAUCUACACGAUUAAUCGACUUUUGACUGUAACGCUGCCAGAUACCCGCCCGAGCCGUUCCCGGGAGAGGUGUGUUACGAUGUGCCUACUGGGGUUCAUUAAAAUGACGAGCAGAUGUGUUCAGUCCUCUCGAAUUAUUGAUCCACGACGACCAACUACGCGUCCAGAGAUUCAGAAAUCAGAAUAGACACGACUUCAUUUUGCAGCUGUGUAUAAACCUACCUGAAGACUUCGGAGAAAAGGUUCGGAUCCUGUCGGCAAAGAGCAAAAAGUCCCACAAACUCAGCUUCGACAUUUACGGUGUAAAUGAUGGGUAUGAUGGAUUAUUCUGCGCUUGGGGACUAG